GCUGUUGGCUAGUGGCUAGCCGGGGAUAAGAGCUUCGCUAACGAACCCAAGAAAAGCUACACGGAACAAUGGCGAACGGAGGUGUCGCUCCGGCGGAGGUGAUCGUCGUGGGGGCGGGGCCGUCGGGGCUGGCCGUCUCGGCGUGCCUGUCCCUGCGCGGGGUGCCCAGCCUCGUCCUCGAGCGCGACGACUGCGUGGGCUCGCUGUGGCGGAAGCGCGCCUACGACCGCCUCACCCUCCACCUCCCCAAGGAGGCCAGCGCGCUGCCGCACGCGCCGCACCCGGCCGCCGCGCCGGCCUACCUCCCGCGCGACGACUUCGCGCGCUACCUCGACGGCUACGCCGCGCGCUUCGGCGUCCGCGCGCGGCUCUGCCGGGAGGUCCGCGCCGCGCGCUACGACGCCGCGCGGCGGCGGUGGGACGUCGAGGCCGUCGACCUCGGGACGGCCGGCGGCGCCGCCGAGCGGUACGCGGCAAGGUUCCUCGUCGUGGCCACGGGCACGUACGACGAGAAGUUCGUGCCGGAGUUGCCCGGGUUGGAGGGCUUCCCGGGGAAGGUAAUGCACGCCAGCGAGUACCGGUCGGCGGUGGGGAUGAAGGGGAAGAGCGUCCUCGUCGUGGGAUGCGGUAACUCUGGCAUGGAGAUCGCACUGGAUCUCGCUGAAGGCGGCGCCAUCACCUCCAUCGUCGUGCGCAGUGAGCUUCACAUCCUCACAAAAAGGAUACUGAACCUGGGGGUGACGCUGGGCUUCUACCUGCCGAUCUGGAUGAUCGACAAGGUGGUGCUGCUCUUGUGCUACCUCGUGUUCGGGGACACAUCCAAGCACGGGCUCCGGAGGCCGGCCAUCGGGCCCUUCGCCUGGAAGCAGCAGACAUCCACCCUCCCGGUCAUCGACGUCGGCACCUACAAGAAGAUCAAGAGCGGCGAGAUUCAGGUUGUACCGGCAGCCAUGACGAGCGUGCAUGGGAACGUCGUCGAGUUCGCCGACGGCAGGCGGCAUCCUUUCGACGCCAUCGUCUUCGCCACCGGCUACCGGAGCGGCAUAAAGCGGUGGCUCCAGGACGGCGGCGAGCUGAUCGGCGACGACGGGAUCCUGAAGCAGCGCAGCCCCAAGGCGGAGAACGGGCUCUACUACGCGGGGCUCUCCGGGAGAGGCAUCUUCGGCAGCGGCAUGGACGCGGAGUUCAUCGCCGGCGACAUCAGCAAGCAGCUGCAGACCGUGCCCGGCCAAGCCCAGGGGAACCCCGAGCACUAGCUAGCUAGCCAGAGUGAGUGAAUGGUGCCCGAGCUGGACACGCAAAUAGACAUAGGCCUGGCUGUCCUUAGGGAUUUACUUAGCUUGCCUGUAAAAUGAAAGUAGAAACCAGUAACCAUCUGUAGCCGUGCAGGUAGUUUUGCUCCUGAUGGCUGUUGCACUUGCAUGCGCAUAGCAAAUUGAAUGAGUAGUAGAUUUACAAAAGGUGUUUGGUUUGA